AUGGCCAAGAAGCGCAAGUCAAUCACCACCAGCCUUGACGAGGUCGAUCGGACCCUCUACGCCUCCUUUUGCACAGCCGCCAAUUCCCUCUCCCAGCUCUACUCGCACACCAUGAACCACCAGAAACUCUCCUUCAACGCCGGCGAACGCCACGCCCUUGAUAAACUUCAUCAGUGGAUUUGGAGACAACAAGAAGGAGGAUCAAGGGUUGGAACAGUUGAUGUACUCAACUACAUUCAGAAUGAGCUAGAUUAUUGUGGAGAAGAGCCUUCUAUGUCACCUAGAGCACCACUGCAACACCACCAGUCACAACCAGCAAUGCAUGUUCCGAGCUUGGAGCCAGUCCUUUCAGCAUCUUUUGGCCAAACUAUAGCUGCACAAGGACUCCGCACUGAACCUGGUGAAAAUCAACCAAAGAAUUCAGUGUUUUCGAAUGCCUUGUCAAGUCCAAUAUGGCGAAGCCUUCAACAUUAUCAAAUUGGUGAGGGAGGAUCCUACACCAAUGGUCUCUCCAUGGGGAAUGGGAACCGGAACAGCGAACAUGGCUUUAUUCCCCAGCAAGGCAGGGACUCAAUAGUAUUGAGCUCCAAUGAUUCUGCCAUGGAUAUGCAUGCAGACUAG